UGCAACAGUUUAUAAACUCGUCACCACCUAGAAGCACGAAAAUAUCACCCUUUAAGAUAUUAAGUAAAAUGCAAGAAGAGAACCGUAAAACGUUUAAUAAAUGUCGAAAAUCUGCAAGUGAAUAUGAGGUUGACGAGUUGGUGGCUGUCAAGCGGACGCAGUUUGGUUCUGGCCUUAAGCUCAAGGGCAAAUAUUUGGGACCUUAUCGGGUUGUUCGGAAAAUGAGGCAUGGUCGCUAUUCGGUUGAGAAAGUAGGAGAUGGAGAAGGUCCGAAAGGUACUACCACCGUGGCAGAGUAUAUGAAAAAAUGGUGUCCAACAUUCGGGGCGAAUGUGGAGGUCGGAUGGCCGAAUGUAGGAUCGCGGUAUGGUAGAGGUGAUUUCGAGUGAGAACGGGUAUCGAUGUAAUAUCGAUUAAAAACGAUAUACGAUGGUGAGGAGUGGUCAGUCAGUCCGAAGAGAGUCAGUCGAAUAGAGUGAGCCGGUAAAGUUGCGUCUCGAAGUGUGAGCAGUGAACUCAAAAAAUAAAGAGAAAUAUUG